UUGCUGAUUUUUUCUUUCUUUGAUUCCAAAAUGUCUUGUCAUUUUUGGUUGUCAUCCAUAUGGAUUUUGUUGUUACAAUUAUCUAGCGAAUGUUAUGGCGAUGAACAGAUUUGGACUCCAAAUUCUGUCAAUAAUGACAUUCCGAUGAAAACUCAACAGAAUGCUCGAAUUUAUAGUCAAUACGAUUCGACAGCUUUUCCCGAUGAACCAUUACAGAUUGUUCGUCCUGAUGAAACGCAUAAAAAUCUUGUAAUUGUCGAAGAAAAUAUCAAGUUUCUACAUUCAAUCAGAGAACCCGUAAGCAUAAUAUCGGUGGUGGGAAAAUUUCAUUCUGGUAAAUCCUACCUUAUGAAUCAAUUGAUGAGUAAAUCGAAAGGAUUUGGAAUCGGUUCCAAAGUGACACCAGAAACGAUGGGCAUUUGGUUAUGGGGAAAGCCAAUCAAAUUCGGUACAAGUGGGCAAGAAAAUCAUUGGACAUUGAUGCUUGAUACCGAAGGUUUUGCUGCCACAAACAUAUCGGAAAAUUAUGAUGCCAAAAUAUUUGCCGUUUCAACAUUGCUCAGUUCAACAUUAUUGUAUAAUUCAGUGAAAAUAAUUGAUCAAUCAGAUAUUGAUUAUCUUGAACUACUUGCAAGACGUACACAAUUAUUUGCAUUGAAAGCAGUAAUGGCACCACGAACAAAUUUAUCCAUCCAUGAUUUCCGAGAACCCAAAAAUUCGAUAAUCGAAUUGGAUUCACAAAUACUACAAUUUCCAUCAUUAAUCUGGGUUAUACAAGAUUUUGUUCAAGAUGUACAGGGUGAAAAAAAUUGUAAAAAUUGGCUCAUGAAAUUAUUGUCUACACAUACACGUGAAACAGAAUCAUAUUCAAUUUCGUUGAAAGAUAUAUUUCCAUCGGUUGAUUGUCAUACAUUAUUCAUUCCAAGUGCAAAUAAAUAUCAUUUAGCUGAUCUUUCACGUGCUGAUGAACAGGACCUGCUUUCGGAUUAUCGUAAAGAACGUGAUGAACUUAUUGUCAAAUUAAGCCAUAUGAUACGACCAAAAUAUCGUGAUUCAAUCCCAAUGACCGGUACAGAAUUGGUGCAUAUAUUCCGUGUACUUGUCAAUGCAGCCAAUUCAGGAUCAUUGACCGAAAUACCUAAUCGUUGGGAUACAUUUCUUGAUCGUUUGAAACAAUCCUCGAUUGAAGAAUGUUUUAAAUUCUAUGCAACUUAUAUGAAUAAUUUACUUGUUGAACAAGCCCGAAAUGAACCGAUUUCAAUGAGCUUUCUUCAUGAAUGGCAUGAAACAGCGUUACAAAAAUCGACUACAUUAUUACAAAAUCUUCUUCAAGGCCUCGAAAGUCAUCUGCAAGUAUCACAACAACAGCUUGUUGAUCAGAUUCGUAAUUCUUACAUACUAAUCAAAACGGUUAAUAAGCAAAAAAUUCAGAUGAGAAUUUUUGCCAUUCGAAAAAAACUUGAAACUGAUAUUUCAAAUAAAUUUUUUUCAUUCAAAUUUCCAGUCUUAAGCGAAGAAAUCAAAAACUUUGCCGAAAUACUUAAACCAAAUAUUUCUGAUCAAUUCUAUCAAGAGAUGCAAAAUUUAAUGCCCAAAGAUGAAAUGGCUGAGGAUAUGGAAUUCUUGGAUCGUUUCAUUGAUCUGACAGCUGGUUCUGCCAUUCUGGAAAAUAAUAAACAUUUGGAUAGAUAUUUUGAUGAAAAUAUUAAAUCAUCACUAGAGGAUGGAUUCUCUAAACUUCAAAUCAAUACUAUUCGACCGAAAUUAUAUCCGAAAUUUAUUGUUUAUCUCGAUGAAUUGGAAAAUAAUACCAAAGAAAUGUAUGAAAAUCGUGUACAACAUUUUGCUGUAGAAACAGUUAUUUAUAAUUCCAAAAUUUAUAAAUUGAACAAUUUGUUACAUGAAAAGAAACGUCUCAUACUACAAGAUCAAGAACUUGCCGUAGGUGAAUUUCUACGCAAUGAAACUUAUUUAUGUGCUACCGAAUUCAGUGGUCGUAUCUCAAAUGAACGGCUCAAAUAUCCAAUUGAUUUUGAUCGUUUUGACCAAAUUAUUGCUCAAGAAUCGAAUCGUAUCGAUGCUAAUUGUAUUCAACCAUUGAAUGCUUAUUCUGAUUAUAAAAUUCACAAAACAGUCAUAGAUGAAUUGAUUGAAAAUCUAAAACAAAUAACAAAAAAACGUUUGAAACAAAAUCUUGAUGCAUUUAAACAAGAAGUGGAAGCACCAUUAAAUACUGCCAAACAAAUAAUUAUAUCAUCAAAGGAUUUACAUUCGACAUUUUUUCGUUUUAAAAAAUAUGUAAAUGAUGUUUGUAUCAUUCACUUAGAUCAAGGACUUGCACAUGAAUGGUCAUUAAAAUUGAAAAAUAAAGUGAUUGAUUCAUUCAUUAAAGAAGAUCCAGAACUUUUUGCUCUUCUCGAAUCAAAACAGACAUUAUGGUCGACAAUUGUUGGAUUUUUUCAAUGGUUACUCAGCUUUAUUGGAUAUUAAUUUUGGCCAUAUAUAUGAUGAUGCAAUACACAAUACAACCGAAUAUGAUACCUUUGAUUCAUUCAUUCAUACAUACAAUUAAUUCUUUUUUUUUUAGUGUGAUCCUAACCUAACGAUAUUAUUAUCAAUUUGAAUUAUUUAACAGAUUUAGGUGUGUAUGUUUUGUAAUAAUGCAUGUAAAAUAAGUUUAUGAUGUUAACCAAAUUUUUUUUUCUUUCAU